UUUUAAUUAUCCAGCACUUUCUAGGGAAUGCACAAUCCCUCCAGUUUCGGAUUUUUGUUCUUUAAUUUUGCAAAGGCAAAAAUGAACUAAAAACAAAGUAACAAACUCAACACCAAACUACCACAAGCAAUGAUGAUGUUGAGGCUUCAGCUUCAUCUGGCGCCAUCUUCAUCAUCUGGAUUUACCUUCUUCAGUUCUUCCAGACCCAUUAUUCUUCCGAAAUUUCACACUUCAUCAUUCUCCAAAUCCCACAACCGGCAUCUAUUUCUUCUUCAUAAAAAUGGAAAACCCAGCAUAAAAUCCCCACCUUUUGCUUCAGAUGUUGCAGACAACUGUUGUACUACAAGUACUGAUGAAGAAGAAGAAGAGGGAAAUGGAGCCGUAAAUAUCAAUCCAACUGUGAAAAUAGUUGCUCUGGUUGGGGAUGGUAGCAUCAGCCCUAUUAAGUCUACUCCUUGGUUCGAUGUCCUGCUUCAUACGGCAAAAAGAUUGAAAUGGGUUGAUGAAAGCUUUGAAAUGCUGGUAUUCAGUGAUAAACUCAUUCAAGGGGAUCGCCGAGCUACAGAGAAUCUACAUGAGGUGGUUACACAAGUUGAUAUUUUGUUGAUUGUUGCAGUCACCAAUCAAGAAAGUGUUAACUGGGUGGAAACAAACAGCAGAAAUGUCUCAAACAUAUUAUGUUUUGAGUGCUCUCCAGUGUUGAAAAACAAACUUGGAGGAACAGUAAUAAAUAGAGAACCUAGUGGCAAUGUGUUUGAUAAAUUAGCAGCAAUUUCUGAAUCAAAGAGGAGAAAGGAAUCAGUGGAAUUGGUACAAACUGUUUCGGAGGCUUGGGAUAGGCAUAAUUCAGAUGAUAUUAGAUUUUGUCUGUUAGUUGUUAUCAAUGCCUAUAUAAGGCCAGUCCCCAUCCUGAAGAACCUGAGAGCAAAAGGCUUCUCCACCUUGAACUGCAUGGUGAAAAGUUGUGGCCCUCAAAUACUGAACUGCUUGCUGGAUCCUAAUUGUAGAAAAGCUCUUCAAUGUUUGAAUCAGUGCAGUCCAGUGGAUCAGGUCUGUAACUACAGAUGUAUUGCUUCAUACGAGAGUCGUUAUUUGGAGGAAUUUUCUCUAUGUGUGUUACAGAAGAACAACUGUUUGGAGUUGGAUGCUAAGAUCCCUGAAAAGCCUUCUGUGCCCCCAAUGACAAAAUUCAGAGGUGACAGCCUCAGUCAUGAAACAGCUGAAGAUCUUUUUGUCGGUUGGUUAGGGAAAUUGGAGUGGAGUUGGCGUGUGGUUGCCGGGCAGAACCCAGCCUAUGAUCAGUUCCCAUGCCAGUACCAACUCUUUUAUAGAGGGAAGGCUAAAGGAUCAUUCUGGUACGAACCGGUUUUCCAAGUCAGGACACUUGAAGACGGGAGAUUGGUCUGGAGAAGGCGAAGAUACCGAGUCAGAAGAGGGAAAACCCCGGGCACAUUUUUCUUCAGCGUCCUGGAUAAUGGCGUGGUUUCGAACGAGUUUUGGACCAUUGUGGAUGUUGCUGAUGACUUUAGCUGGGGUUUAUUUCAUUAUCACGGAGCUGCUCGAGUCGCAGGACAGUCCUACACAGGUGCAGUGCUUGUUAGCCCUGAUGGUGCAUAUCCACCUGAAGCUGAAAGGAAAAGAUUGUCAUUAGCAUUGGAUAGAUGUGAUAUCAAAGACUGGGAGCUUUAUGAUGUCGAUAAUUUUUCGUGUAAAAAUCCACCUUUGGGUCUUCCGAAGGGUUCAAGAUUACAUAGUAUGAUUAUGAUUUAAGGUAUUUCAGGAGAAAUGUUCAGUUCUGAGGAAAGCAUUUGUCUUGAUCUUGAACUGCUAUUUUGUCUGGUUGAGUUCAUUCAGCUCAAUUUAGUACACUAGAAAAGGUUUACGUUCUGACAUGAUAUCCUCAUCACUAAAAUUUAGUAGAAAUUCAUCAAUUUUCG